CUGUACUGGUUUGAGAACAUGUUGUGCGGCAGAUGAAGACGUGCCCAUUCUUAAAAAAAAACCCCGCAAAAACAAACCUUCAUAUUUUGGAGUGUCAGUAAUAUAUACAUAUAUAUAUAUUUUUUUUGUUGGCGUCAAUACCGAAUGAAAUCACAUUUAGUUUUUUGACACAGGCGGCGAGGAGGGACAAGAAGAUGCAAGACGAGCUGGAAAAAAAAUUGCAAAUUUGAUCGUUCUGAUUUAUUAUUCUGAAUAAUAAAAUUAACUCCGGUGGAAGUGUUGUUGUUUUUAUUUUAGAUUUUUUUAGUUUUUAUUUUUUUUCAUAAAAGAAUGGAAGGUGUCGGAGAUUUCGAAUACAGCAGAAAGGAUUUAGUGGGUCACGGAGCCUUUGCGGUGGUUUUCAAAGGGCGACAUAAAAAGAAGACAGACUGGGAGGUGGCUGUCAAGUGCAUCAACAAGAAGAACCUGUCGAAAUCCCAGAUCCUGCUGGGCAAGGAGAUCAAAAUAUUAAAGGAACUUCAGCAUGAAAAUAUUGUGGCACUCUACGACGUACAGGAAACUCCGAACUCUGUCUUUCUGGUGAUGGAGUAUUGCAAUGGAGGGGAUCUAGCAGAUUAUUUGCAAGCGAAGGGCACGCUCCAGGAGGACACACUCAGGGUGUUCCUGCAGCAAAUCGCCGCUGCCAUGCGCAUCCUCAGCAGCAAGGGCAUCAUCCACCGGGACCUCAAGCCGCAGAACAUCCUGCUGUCCUACGUGGGGCGCAAGAAGGCCAGCCUGAACGGCAUCCGCAUCAAAAUAGCUGAUUUUGGGUUUGCUCGAUACCUGCAGAGUAACAUGAUGGCUGCCACCCUCUGUGGUUCCCCUAUGUAUAUGGCUCCGGAAGUGAUCAUGUCCCAGAACUAUGAUGCCAGGGCAGACUUGUGGAGUAUUGGCACGGUGAUAUACCAGUGUCUUGUGGGGAAACCACCCUUUCAGGCAAAUAGUCCACAAGACUUGAGGCUUUUCUAUGAAAAGAACAAAGCGCUGUUGCCUAACAUCCCGAGAGAGACUUCCCCUCACCUGGAGGACUUGCUGCUGGGUCUGCUGCAGAGGAAUCUGAAGGACCGCAUGGAUUUCGACACGUUUUUCAGUCAUCCUUUCUUGGAGCCAUCCUCAGGCAUUAAGAAAUCCUGCCCGGUGCCCGUGCCUGUACCCAGCUACCCCAGCUCCGACAGCUCCAUUGGCAGCUCGCCUUCCUGCCGCUUCGCCUCCCCGCCCUCUCUCCCGGACUUGCAGACGCUCCCAGAGGACACGCUCUCCUCCCCCCCCCUCGGCCCCCCCAACUACCUGCAGCUGUCCAAGGAUUCGGGGGGCAGCACUAGCAGCAAGAACUCGUCGUGCGACACCGACGACUUCGUCCUGGUGCCUCACCUCCCCGCAGACCAGUCCUGUGAUUUGCAGGUGGGGGCAGGUAGGCGUGUUUCCAGCGAGUUUCUGAUUUGCGGAGGGCAGCAGCAGCAGCAGCAGGGGCACCCCCCCGCGACGCCCCCCCGCAGUGAGACCACCCCCAUCCCGGUGCCCACCCAGAUCCGCAACUACCAGCGCAUCGAGCAGAACCUCUCCUCCAGCCCCACCGCCGCCACCAACCUCUCUGGCUCCCCCAGGUCCGGGAUGGUUCGCCGGUCCAACACCAGUCCCAUGGGGUUCAUGAAGGCGGGCUCGGGCUCCCCGUCCCCUGCGGACGUGGCCCAGGCCGUGGGCAGGCGGCUCUCCACGGGCUCAUCCCGACCCUACUCCCCCUCUCCCCUGGUCGGCACCAUCCCUGAGCAGCUUGGGCACUGUUGCUGCGGGACCCCGCUGGUGCACGAGUCUCGAAGCAGAAGCUCGUCGGGGGGCUCUCCAGUCCCCCCCUCCCAGCUGCUCGGUGCCCGCCUCCCGAGCGCCCCCACGCUGACAGACGCCUACCAGAACAAGCAGAAGCUCCGCAAGCAACACUCUGACCCUGUGCACCCCACCUCAGGGGCGUACCCCACUAGCCACUCCCCCCAGAUGGGCAGGCCAGUCAGCCUGGGCACCUCCCCCACCAAGAACCUUGGCUCCUCCCCCCGCUCCUCCGAUUGGCUGCAGAAGACCCCACUGCCCACCAUCAUUGGCUCGCCCACUAAGACAACGGCACCUUUCAAGAUCCCUAAAACUCAAGCCUCUUGCAAUCUGCUUGCCCUGGUUGCUCAGCAGGGAUUGACGGACAGCCCAUGUAAAGCUCUGACGGACCCCCGGGAGCUGUGCGCCUAUCAGUGCCCCCCCCACCCCGGAUCCCGACAGCCCCCCCCUGAGUACAGCAAGACCACCUUCGGCAGGUCUGUCAGUACAGGGAGGCUCUCCGAGCAGCCGGUCAGAAUCACGCUUGGGGGACAACCCUACCAGGGGAGCACAGACAGCCUGAAUACCGAGAGACCCAUGGACACCGCCCCGGCCGGAGCCUAUGGCAUGCCCACUCUGACGGGCGCGAGCCCCCGGACUGUGAUGUUCACCGUGGGGUCACCUCCCAGCAGCAGCACCCCCCCCACCUGCAGCCACAUGGGGACCAGGCCCCGCACUACCUCCGUGGGCUCUAACAGUUCGGCAGGCUCGCUGUGCUCCACAAGCGGGCGUGUCUACAUGGGCUCCCCCCCUGGCAUAGUCAUGGGCACCUCCCCUCCCGGCGCCGAGGCCGCGCCCAGCAGCCUGAGGUACAUCCCCUACGGAACAUCGCCCCCUAGCUUGGAGGGAUUCAUCACCUUCGAGGCUCCGGAGCUGCCAGAGGAGACGCUGAUGGAGAGGGAGCACACAGACACCCUGCUGCACCUCCGCAUGGUGGUGUCCUUCACAGACUGCGUGCUGGAGAUCGCUGCGGCGCGGGGGGGCGGCGGCUCGGAGCUGGGCGUGUCCACAGCCUCGCUCUAUCCCCUCCAGGACUGCGUGGUGGUCGACCAGAUCAGUCAGCUCAGCAAGGAGUGGGGGCAGGUGGAGCAGCUGGUCCUCUACAUGAAAGCAGCACAGCUCCUCGCCUCCUCUCUGCACCUGGCCAAGGCUGAGAUCAAAUCGGGCAAGCUGAACCCCUCCUCUGCUGUCAAACAGGUGGUGAAGACCCUGAACGAGCGCUACAAAACCUGCAUCUCCCUGUGCCGGCGUCUCACCGAGAGGCUGAACCGCUUCUUCUCAGACAAGCAGCGCUUCAUGGACGAGAUCAACAGCGUGACGGCAGAGAAGCUCAUCUACAAUCACGCUGUGGAGAUGGUGCAGUCUGCCGCGCUGGACGAGAUGUUUCAGCAGACAGAGGACAUCGCCAUCAGGUACAGCAAGGCAGCCAUGCUGCUGGAGGGUCUGGGCAAAGUGCUGCAGGACCCAGCCGACAUCAACAGCGUCAACAAGUACAAGGCCAGUGUGGAUCGCAGACUCUCAGCACUUUGUAACUGUACAGUGGCUCUGUACGAGUAGACCUGCCCGAGAGAGGAGCAGCAGCUGUGCACGCCCAGGGACCACUUUAACUGCAUUCAAAAAACACGGCAAGAAUCAAACAACAGGAAAUAUUCAAGGUUUUCAGCAAUGGAAUAACUGCCACCCACAGCAAGGGGGUCAGGGAUAGAAACAAGCUACCAAAGAAAUCUCUCCUGCCUGCAGAGUGAAUCAGACCCCCCGCUCAGAGACUCUGCCAACGAAAAAGGACAAGAUGCAUUUUUAUAUCUAACAAGAGGAAAUAAACUUGCACAGGUAGACGUUGCUAUGAAAUAGUUAGACCUCGUUCUCGUUGCUGUUAUUGUUAAUUUAUUGGACGAGGGGGAAAAAACUGACUUUCUACUGGUUGUAAAAAAAAAAAAAAAAAAAAAAAAAAGAAUGAACCAAGCGGGACACUGGAAUAGUGAAAGAAGCUGGGUGGAAUGACAUUUCUCAAGGUUUAUUAUUUUCUGGUUACCAAAAGCACUUUAUUGAGACGUGGACAGACCCUGAAGCAGACCUCUGGAGCAAGUCGGGACAACAUGAAUUCGAGGAAAGGGGGGGAGACAGUUCCUUCCUUCCUUCCUCCCUCCCUCCGUCCCUCACACACUGUAUUGCACUACUCCCUGAACAGUCCGCUUGCUUACCGUGUCAGUCUCCGGGACUAGAGAUGGAACUGAGACACAGAGAUCAUGGAAAGGCUGGUCUUCCGAAGGUUCCUUGCGGACGCAAGCGGUCGCAAACCCAAGCCUUCUGCACACAAACUUCCUUAAGAGACUGGGGAGGCCACUGACAAUGAAAAACCGUGCGGCGCACCUACAAGCCUUUUUAAAUGCGACUGUCAUACUUGAGCAGUUACAAUAAUGACUAUUGUUUAAUAAUACAGCUAGUGUUUUUAUUAUUACUGUUGGUAUUAAUACUAUCAUAUUCACGUUUUGUUGUUGUUUUGCAGAGCGAGGUGGUAAUCUUUUGCUAAAUGUUUGCUAUAUGUAAAUAUUUUUGUAGCAUUGUUGUGCAUGUGAUUUUUUUUUUUGUGCGUGUCUGUGUGAGAGACCGAGAGAGAGAUUGCUUAGUAUCUGUAAUGCUAACUUUUACUGUGAUCAGUAUUAGGGUUUGGAGUAUGAACCAAGUAAAUCCAUAACAGGCAUGUCCAGGAGGAUAUCAUUAAAAAACAUGUUUAAAUAAA